CGCGGGUGCAGGCUGGCGGGCUCGCGGGCUCGACCUGCGGGCGAGCGGUUGGCAGGCUUGGAGCCGGAGGACCGCGGCAAUGGGUUAAAAUAAUUCUUCACGAAGAAGAAAGAUCUUAAGCAACAUGAUGGAUUCAGAAGCGCAUGAGAAGAGGUCACCGUCACUCCUGACGUCUUCAAAUCAAGAGCUGUCACCUCAUAUCGCACAUGUUGGUGAAAUAAAGCAUUACUUCUGUGGCUGCUGUGCAGCUUUCAACAAUGUAGCAAUCACGUAUCCCAUGCAAAAGGUCCUCUUUCGGCAGCAGCUGUAUGGAAUCAAAACCAGGGAUGCAAUACUUCAGUUGAAGAGGGAUGGAUUUCGAAACUUGUAUCGUGGAAUCCUGCCCCCACUAAUGCAGAAGACAACUACACUGGCACUUAUGUUUGGUCUGUACGAGGAUUUAUCUUGCCUUCUCCGCAAGCAUGUCAAUACCCCAGAGUUUGCAAUCCGGAGCAUGGCGGCAGUACUUGCAGGGACAACAGAAGCUGUUUUCACUCCACUGGAGAGAGUUCAGACAUUGCUUCAGGACCACAAGCAUCAUGACAAAUUUACAAACACCUAUCAGGCUUUUAAGGCCCUGAAAUGCCAUGGAAUUAGAGAGUAUUAUCGAGGCUUGGUGCCUGUUCUUUUCCGAAAUGGAUUCAGCAACGUCUUUUUUUUUGGCCUUCGAGGUCCCAUUAAGGAGCACCUGCCUACUGCAACGACUCACAGUGCUCAUUUGGUCAAUGAUUUUAUCUGUGGAGGUCUGUUGGGUGCCAUGCUGGGAAUCUUGUUUUUUCCAAUUAAUGUUGUAAAAGCGCGUAUGCAGUCUCAGAUUGGUGGGGAAUUUCAGUCUUUCCCCAAGGUCUUCAGAAAAAUCUGGCUAGAACGGGACAAGAAACUGACAAAUCUUUUCAGAGGUGCCCAUCUGAAUUACCACCGAUCCCUCAUCUCUUGGGGCAUAAUCAAUGCGACUUAUGAGUUCUUGUUAAAGGUUAUAUGAAAGAAACCAUCAGUUAAGUGCCAUUUUUCAGCUGAGUAGAUCUUCUCGGAAGAAUGCAAUUGACCUCGUUCCUUAUUGGCCAAACACAUGUUGGUGUCAUAAAUUCAGGGCACAGUGAACUAUGGGCAAAGCUGUUUUCCUUAAGCACCAACAUUCAGAAUAAAAGGUUUCAAUAGGAAAAUUUAAGGGUUUUUGGUUUUGGGUUUUUUUUCCAAGUCGUCUGAGAACUUUAGGCUUAUAGCCUGGUUAAUGGCAGUCUAUCUGGUAACCUUUGACAAGGAAACUAAUAGCCAAGAUAGAAAACCCCCCUUUCACCUCCCCCCCCGCCCCAGUCUUUAAACCUUCUAUAUUGAAACAUAAAUGGCUAUGACCAGCUGUAGGAAAGACUCUUAGAGCCCUAUGAAUUCUUAGGCUUACUUCUGUAACUCCAUUUCUUGCUUUUUGGCUCUUAGGAGGAGUUGCAAAGGUCUUUGUUAAACAUAUAUAGUAGAAGAGAGGAGCAGAACACAGGAGAAAAACAGCUUGCCUAGGCAUAGUCAUCUCACAGUAAAUUGCUUGUAUUCAUUUUAAAACAAAACACCUGUUGUAAUUGCCAUUUUCCAGACUUUCUGUUUAGCUGUGGUGAACUCAAACAGCUAGUGAAAGUUUCCUCUUUACUCUCUAGGCUUGAAGGUUUUCUGUUUAGUUCCAAAUGUGACCUUAAAUCUUUCCAAAAUAGUAAUUUCACUUUCUUCAUUGCCAAAAAGAUGGUGAGAUCUAAAUUUUUGUUAUAGAUGUUUCAUUGUUACAUUCUGUAUUGCAUAUAGAUCAAAUUUUGUUUAGACUAACUUUAUCACCAACUUAGCAAAGAAAUUUUGGUUUUGGUUUUUUCCUCUGCAUAAUAGUUUGUCACAAUCAAGUAUCUUGUCUUGAUGCUCCUUUUAAAACAGAAACACUUCCACAAAGCCUUAUUUUGGAAGUCUGUUAAUAGAAUCCCAGAUUUUUGUGUCCUGGUUUAUAAAUGUGUUAAGGGGGCGUGGUGGACCCAAAGGCUUUUAUUCUAUGGUGUUAGCUGUCAGCUUUUUAACUUUACUCUUGGAAAUAGAGGUGUCUAUUUGAAUUUUGGGAACCCAUUUUUCUAUUAAAAUUAGAAGACAGAUCAUGUCCUCUCAGGACAUGCUAAGAGGAUAAGAUUUAAUUUUAAAUGGUAGAAAUUGGUUGUAGUAAUUAUCAUACUUACCCCUUAGCUGACAAACAAAAAUUUAUCAAAAGUAAAUCUGAUUUUAAAGUGAUUUUUCCAGAUAGAACAUGAUCAGACUAAUUGAGUAAUAAAAUGUGAAACAUCCUGAAAAGGUGGUUUAUCUUUACACACCCACGUGGGUGACUAUGAUAUUAUUAAGAUUGCUUUCCAGCAUCUGGUAUGGCAGAGUAGUAAGGGUUUCUAGUUCCAGUUCUUCAUCCUUUUGGGUAAUUGCAUAUAAACAUAUGCACAUACUGACCAAAAUAAAAUCAGCAUCUCAACUGGUGGUUUACUCAGUUUCUGAGCAGAUAGUCCAAAAAAAGAUGUUUACCUCUACAUGCAGGAUGGCUUCUUUCAAGUGUAAAGGAUCAGGAAGCAUUAAGCAUUUGCCAGGCAGUGAUGAAACUCAAUAGCUUUAUAACAGGCCUGCUUGACAGUGGAGUGUUGGAAACGACAGUUUACUUUAGAAACCAAGGUGCAGAUAGAUCUAAGGGUUAUAGAAAACAACACCAAAUAAUGCAAGUCAGGAUUUGAAGCAGGCUAAGUUUCAGAAAUGAAUGACUAAGGGGCUGUGGUGCCCAACUCCCUCAUUCACUUGCGUGUGGGGGUAUCCCUGAACACUCCGGGGCGUGUCUGGGUGCUCAGCACAGGGCACAAGGCAGGUGAGUUUGACUGGGUCACGCCCUGCGUUGGGAACGGCCCCUGGGUCUCUGCAGAGCUCCCUUUGUCUGUACACUCCACGGAGAUGUUAGGAGUCUAAUUUUAAAGCACUUUGUGAGAUGUGUGACAUGAGCAUUUGAAAGAGGUGCUUUGGUUUCUGCUGUCUCAAAUACGUGGCAUUUCAAAACAAUAAAUAUUUUAAAUGGUUUUAACUCCUAACAUUUUUGGGUUUCUUUGUCACUUUUUACAGCUUUUGAAGAAAGACCAAACUGCAGAUAUUACCAGGGACAGCUUUAUGUUGUCCUGUAGAGUUCUUAAAUUUUAUAGAAAAAUUCAGAAGAACUGUGUUAGCCAGUAGCUUUCUCUGGACUUUAAAAUAAGUUCAAAAUGUGUUACUAAGACAUUCUACUUACUGUUCUUACCUUCAGUGUGAAACCAGUAUGGUACAAAUUUUGAAAAGGCAAAUAUGAUGAAAUCAUUUAUUUGAAAAGCUUUAGUAGUAGCCUUUCUGGUGUAUAGGUGGCACAGACUGCUCGUGGACAUGGGAUAUUUUCAUUCUUGCCUCCUGUACUUCCUGUCUGAUGCCACCAAAAAUACAUUACGGACUCUCACACACUUAGGGGUGGUAUGAGCCCUCAGGACUGCACCCACAGAACAAACACAGCCUUUCCAUGCUGGCAAGUUUGAGGUUUUUAUUUGCCUCAUUCAUGGCUGGAGACAUUUGAAUGUCUCAACAUUCAUCUUACCUAUGGUUGGCUCUAUAAUCACCUGCUAUAUAUUGUGAACUGUGCAAUAAAACAGAAUUGUGUACAUAUAAUCAUUUUUGGAGACCUGAAAUUCUGAAUCCGACAAUGAAAACAAUGGGUGGUAAAUGGGACGUUUGAGAUGGUUCACUGUUGAAGGACUGCGGUGGAAGGGGCCUGCUGUGCUGUCAGAUUGAAGGCGAGACAGGAGACUGAGGGUAGGAACUCAGACUGGGUUUCUUCACAAUUUAAAUAUUUAUUUUCUCAUUGUGCAUAUAUAUGCAUAUCAAAGACUUGAAUAGGCUUUCUCUACACUUGAGGAGUUGUUGUUUUUAAUGCUGUCUUUUUUGCUUAAUAGUAAGUAUUUGCUCACCUAAAUAGUUCCCAAAAUACAUUGGGAGGAGGUGUCCUCUACUUGUUUGCUUUUUUUCAAGUCCCCUCGGCGGAAAGUGGGUAAGCACACGAAGCUAUUUCUGUUUGAUAACUGAGUUUUGUGAUUGAGUUGAAAUGAAAUGUUAUGUUUCAGAGUUAACGUGCUUUUGUUCUGGUAAUUCUGUGUGGAAUAAAGUUUUUUCAAGUC